AUGGCUCGGUGGCUGCCGGCCCUCGUGGCGUUUCUGUUCGUGACCGUCGCCGCGCGCAAGUCAGCCCCCAAGGAGCACGAGCCGCGCAUCGAAGAGGUGACCGCCAAGCAGCUCGAGCGACUCCUCAGCGAGAAGGACUUCGUGGCCGUGUACUGGUAUGCAAGAAGUUGUGUCACGUGCGAUAAGGUACUAGAGGAGUUAGAAAAAAUAGACGAUGACACGGACACAUUCGGCGUAGACUUCGUGAAGAUAAAUGACAAGAGGCUGGCGAAACAGCAUGGCAUCACGAAAUUCCCCGCCCUCACGUACUUCCGUGAGAAGGAACCGAUCAUUUACGAAGGAGAUCUCAUGGACGAAGAGAGCGUUCUGGAUUUCCUGACGAGCCUAGAAGCAAUGGACCUUCCAGACAGGAUAGAGGAAGUCAACCAGAAGAUCCUCGGGAAAAUAGUCGAGGACACGGAAUACGUAGCUGUACUCUUUUGUCCCGAUCACAAAAAUUGCGGCCCGAUGAACAAUAAACCUGAAUGUAAAAAGUGUGCGAAAGCUCUUCAAGAAUUGGAAAACAUUGACGAUGAAGCAGAUCAACUCGGCAUAGGAUUUGUAAAGAUCCACGACGAGGAACUUGCUGAAGAAUACAGUCUUGGAGAACUGCCAAGACUUGUAUACUACAGGCAUCAGAUACCUAUUAUCUAUGAAGCCGAAUUAAGCAGAGAGGAAGAUGUACUGGAAUGGCUCAUUGCGAACAAAUCGACUGGGGACGAAGAAGAUGUCAUCGAGGAUGUCACUGCAAAAACCCUGAAUACGCUGAUAGGAAACGUAGACAACUUAGUAGUACUUUUUUACGAUCACGGCGACGAUGAGUCCAUGACAGUUCUACAAGAAUUAGAGAAAAUAGAUGAUGAUUGUGAUCGCCACGGAAUACAAUUCGUUAAAAUCGAUGACAAAAAAGCAGCUCGGGAAUUUGGCAUUGACGAUGUUCCCUCGAUUGUCUACUUCGAAAAGCAAAUCCCCAAUGUUUAUGACGGUGACCUCGAAAAUGAGGACGAGAUAUUAGAAUGGCUUGUUGGUCAGUUAGAAAAGGAUGAAAUUGAAGAUGUAACGGAUGAAAUGUUAGAUCGUCUUAUUAAAGAUGGAAAAACUGUUGCUGUUCUCUUUUAUGAUAACAAUGAUCGCAAAUCCCAAAAGGUAUUAAACGAGCUGGAAAACAUCGACGAUGAAUGUGACCAACUUGGUGUUGCGUUCGUUAAAAUUGACAACGACGACGAAGCAAAAGAAUACGGAAUUGAAAAAAUUCCAACUUUGCUAUACUUUGAAAAGGGAAUUCCGACAUAUUAUGAGGGUAACUUAGAAGAGGAAGAGAAAGUACUAGCGUGGUUAAAGCAUCAAACAGAGAGCGAUGAAAUAGAAGACAUAACGGAUGAAAUGCUUGACUUAAUGAUUGAAAAAAUGCCAUACGUUGCUGUCUUAUUCUACGAUAAAGAUCAGAAGAAAAGUCAGAAAAUCUUAGCUGAAUUAGAAAAUAUUGACGAUGAAUGUGAUCAGAACGAUAUAGCUUUUGUGAAGAUCGAUGACGACAAAGAGGCUAAAGAAUAUGGUAUUGAAACUGUUCCCACUAUGGUGUUCUUUGAAAAGGGUAUUCCACACAUCUAUGAAGGGGACCUUAUGAAGGAAGACGAACUCUUAGGAUGGUUGGUUCAUCAAAAACGCCAUAGUGAAAUACCUGAAGUGACUGACGAAAUGAUGGAUAAGCUCGUAGACAAUACAAAGUAUUUAGCUGUAAUUUUCUACGAUAAGGAAGACAAGCAAGAUAUUAGAAUACUUAACGAAUUAGAAAACAUUGACGAUGAAUUAGAGAAAGAAGGAAUCGUUAUUGUCAGGAUAGAUAACGAUGCAGAAGCAAAGGAAUAUGGGAUUGAUCACCUCCCCACUCUCGUUUACUUCGAGGACAAUAUUCCUGCUAUAUAUGAAGGCGAUCUGAUGAACGAAGAUGAAGUAUUAGCUUGGUUAAUUGAACAGAAGAAUAGUGCAACAAUUGAGGAAGUUACCGACGAGAUAUUAACAGAUCUAAUUGAAGAACACGAAUAUGUAGUUGUCUAUUUCAGUGGUAGCUGUGAAGAAGGUGAAGAAUGUGAUAAUAUCUUAGAAGAACUAGAAAAUAUUGAUGACGAAUUAGAUGAAACUGGAAUCAUAUUUGUGACAACAGAAGAUAUGUCUCUCGCUAAAAAGUAUGGAAUUAAAACUUUCCCCGCGCUAGUUUUCUUCAGAAACAAGGAACCCCUUAUCUACAAGGGCGAUAUUGAGGAUGAAGAUGAAGUACUAGCUUGGCUCACAGAUGAAGAUACACUUGAAAUCCCUGGAAAGAUUGAAGAAGUCAACUCGAGAAUGUUAGAAAAAAUUUUAGAAGAAAACGACCACGUCGUUGUAUUUUUUUAUAAGGAAGGUGAUAAAAAGUCACAGAAGAUUCUUAGCGAGUUAGAAAACAUUGAUGACGAGUGUGAAGAAGAAAAUAUUGACUUUAUCAAAACAUCCGACGAAGGCGUGGAAAAGGAAUACGAUUUACCCGGACUUCCAGCUUUAGCUUUCUAUAGACAUAAAUUUAGAACAAUUUACGACGGAGACUUAAUGCACGAAGAAGCCAUCUUAAAAUGGGUUUUAGAUCUUCAGCACUCACAGCCAGAAGUUAUUGAAAAUGUAGAUAGAAAAACUUUAAAAGACCUCAUCAACGAUGUUGAGCAUUUAGCUGUAUUUUUUUAUAAUGAUGAUUGUGAUACGUGUGAUGAAAUUUUGGAAGAAUUAGAAACCAUUGAUGAUGACACAGACAAACAUGGAAUUCAGUUUGUAAAGUCUAAAGAUUCUAAGUUAGCGUCCGAUAUUGGUAUAUUUAGUUUUCCAGCACUAGUCUACUACGAGACUGGAGUACCAAUAAUGUACGAUGGUGACUUAAAGAACGAAAAUAAGGUUCUCCAGUGGCUAAUAGAUCAAAAAAGAGCCGUUUCAAGCAAAUUUCUUCAAGGUGGCAAGCGAGAAAGUCUUCGAAACAAGAUAAAAAAUGCCCACAGUAGUGACGAUGAUGAUGAUGACGACGACGAUGAUGAUAAUGACAGCGACGAUGAUAAAUUUAUAAAAAAAAUAAAAACCAGUUCUAGAUCUAAAGUAACUUACAAAACCAAUAAAAAAAUAAUUUUAAAUAAAAAUACUGCAACUAAAUAUAGGGACGAUGACGAUGAUGAUGGUGAUGAAGGCGACGAUGACGAUGACGACGACAAUGAUGACGAUGAUGGCGACGACGACGAUGAUGGUGACGACGACGAUGAUGGCGACGACGACGAUGAUGGUGACGACGACGAUGAUAGCGACGACGGUGACGAUGACGAUGAAGAUAACUUAUCUAAAUCAGUUUAUAAAUUAAAAUCAUUAGCCCGUCGACGAUAUCAAGAUGGUAGUAAUGACGAUGAUGACGAUGACGGUGAUGAUGACGAUGACGAUGAUGACGAUGACGAUGAUGACGAUGACGAUGAGGACAGUAACUCCAAUAGCAUAGAAAGCUCGUUUGCAGGCGAUCGCUGUUUCUACAUUGGAUUGGGGGCGAAACCGGCUGUCCCUAAAGUGACAUAUGAACCAUACCAGUGCUGUCCCACUAAAGUCCAAAGCCCAACGAAGGUAGCCAAGGCGACGCCCACCAAAGUUCCGGCGAAGAAACUCGGAAAGGAGAAACAAGUCUUGCCCGAGAGACCUACGAAGGGAAAGAACAAGGCCCUGGCCAAACCAGAAAAAGCGGGCAAAGGAAAGAAAGGGAAUCUAUUCGAUGAAAACGAAGUUCUAGAAUGGAUGGUCAAACAAAAGGAAGACGAAAGCAUCGAAGAAAUCGAUAGAGAUACACUGUUCAAGUAUAUUGAAACUAAGGAGUUUUUAGCAGUCGUUUUCUAUAAAGAAGAAGAUCCAGGAAGUCCACGAAUUUUAAGACACGUCGAGCUUAUAGAUGACGAAGCAUCAGAAUAUGGUAUAAAGAUUGUCAAGUGCAGCGAUCGCCUUAUGGCCAAGAAGUACGGUUUUCGAAAUCCGCCCGGCAUCACGUACUUCCGUAAAACAAAGCCUAUCAACUACGACGGUGACAUGGACGACGAGGAGGAGAUACUAGAUUGGUUGACCAAUCCAGAAAACAUGGAGUUAACAGAUCACAUUGAGAAAGUGAAUCGCAAAAUGUUUCAGAAAAUAAGGCAGACGUCAGAUUACGUUGCUGUGUUCUUUUACAGUAAUGACUGCAAACAGUGUCCCCGAGUUUUGGCUGAGAUUGAGCACAUAGACGAUGAUGCGGAUGGAGCUGGGAUAAAUUUUGUAAAGAUUGAUGACCGACAAAUGGCCAAAGAGUUUGGAGUUUUUGCAUUGCCUGCGGUACUUUUCUUCAAAAUGGGCUCCAAGGAUCCUGUCAUAUACGCUGGUGACUUAUACGAUGAACAACAGCUAUUAAGUUGGCUUCUGGUACAAAAAAAUCCAGCAGGAGACGUUAUAGAAGCACUGGAAGGUCAAGAACUACUUGAUGUUAUUGAAGAAGCUCCAUCUAUAGCUGUUUAUUUCUAUUCCUUGGAUUGCGAGCAAUGCACUGGUAUUUUAGAAGAAUUAGAGAAUAUAGACGAUGAUUGCGAUAGACAUGGAAUAAAAUUUGUCAAGACGCAAGAUUACGCUAUAGCUGAGUCAUAUGGCGCUACUGACUUCCCAGUCCUCGUUUAUUUCGAAAACAAUAUUCCGAACGUUUACGAAGGUUCCCUGGCUGAAGAAGAAGAAGUGCUUCAAUGGCUCAUAACGCAGAAAACUGAAGAUCGUAUAGAACUUAUAACUAGGGUGAUGUUGGAGAAAAUGGUGGAUGAAACGCAGUACCUAGCUGUUUAUUUCUAUAAGCUUAACUGCCAUAUUUGUGACCAUAUACUAGAGGAGCUUGAAAAAAUUGACGACGAAUGUGACGUAUACGGUAUCCACAUGGUGAAAAUUCAAGAUCCUCAACUUGCUAAAAGAUAUUCUAUUAAGACCUUCCCAGCAAUGGUAUACUUUAGAAAUGGCAAUCCGCUAUUAUUUGAAGGCGAUUUACAAAAUGAGGAAUCUAUCUUAGAAUGGCUCAUUGAUGAUGAAAAUCGCGAAUUAGCUGAUGAAAUAGAAUCUGUUAACGAUAGAAUGUUGGAGAGAUUGUUGUUUGAAUCCCAUUUACUUGCAGUGUUCUUCUAUGACGAUGAAGAUUGCCCAGAAUGUCAAGAGAUCCUCGAAGCAUUGGAACAAAUUGACGGAGAGGUAGACCAAUUUGGAAUCGAUUUUGUCAAAAUAGCUAGUCCUGAAGCGGCAGCACAGUACAACAUUAUAAACAUACCGUCUUUAGUCUAUUUCCGUAAACGAGUGCCGAUGCCUUACGAUGGUGAUUUACAUCAAGUAGACAGAGUCUUACAAUGGCUAACAUCUCAAGAGGUUUUUGAAAUCAAAAACGAAAUUGAAGAGGUUAACCGAAAGAUGUUGGACAAACUCUUAGAAGAGAAUGAGUUCUUGGCUGUUUAUUUCUAUGAAAACUCAGCGGAGAGCCGAAUAGUUCUGGAUAAAUUGGAAAAUAUUGACAGCGAGACGGACAACUUAGAUAUUACAUUUGUAAAGAUGCACGAUCCCCGCUACGCCCGUAAGUGGGGGGUUACAAAACUACCUGCGAUCGUUUACUUCAGGAAACGAUUUCCAAGUAUUUACAGAGGCGAUGUAAUGGCGGAAGACGAAGUUCUGGAAUGGCUGCGGAAGAAUAGAUUCCGACAACCAGAACUAAACAUAUUUAUGUAUGCUUUAAUAGCGCUUUCGAUAGCAUUCGUGAUGUACACAGCGUUCCUUCUGCAAUGUUUCAAGCCUGCGCCGGCGACGACUACCCAACACCCUAAGCAAGCAUGA